AUGGGAGGUGAAAUUGUUUCUGAUGAUCACCAAUUUCCACAUGCAGCCUCUCUUCAAGUGACCAUUGAAGGAGAUUCCUAUCAUUUGUGUGGUGCUUCAUUGAUUGACCAUCGAUGGUUGGUCACUGCUAGUCACUGUUGCUUUGAUGAUAAUGGUGGGAAAUUAGAUGCGAGUACUUUGAGUGUUGUGUUGGGAAAUUCAAAUCUUAGAAAGUGUAGUAGUAGAAUGAAUGUGAAACGAAAUGGAUGUAUUAGAAAGAAGGUCAAUCAGCUCAUUCCACAUCCAUUGUAUGAUUCGAGUGAGGUUGUGAAUGACAUUGCUCUAAUUGAGCUGAAAGAUGCUGUUGAAUUUUCAACAAGCAUAAGACCCAUUGAAAUUCCAGAUGAUAAUCCCGAAGAAGGAACUGAUUUAACACUUGCUGGUUGGGGCAGUGAUCCAAACGAUAAGAAAUCGACCUAUUUACUGAAAGAAGCUAAUUUUCCACUCUUGAAUGAGCGUGCUUGUGGAAAUAUUGGACUCUCUAUAUCAAGGAACCGAGGGCAAAUAUGUGCAGGUAAGGAUGGCUCUGAUGCUUGCAGUGGUGACUCUGGAAGUGCCUUGUUUCAGAAUAAGGGUUCGUGUGAAGAAUCUGAAGAAUUUUAUUGUUAUUCCAUAGCUGGAUUAGUUUCUUAUGGUGAGUUUUUUUACAUUGAAUUGGUGUUAAUAUUUAUGUACAACUCUUAA